CUUAAUAUGGGCAUCGUAAUUUACGUUUCCUGUCGGUUUCCUAAGUCAUUACAAAUGCCCAGUUACUUUCUUCACUAAAGCACACCCUGCCCAGUCCUCGAUAAAAACGUGUGUUUAUUCAUGUGUCUAAAGUGAUUCUUAGAGUAACAGGUUAUUAAUACUAAUAUGGAAACGUGUAGCUUAUACAUCUAAAAUAAUAACAUUAGCGCUGAUGUAGGUACGGUACCGUGACUUAUAUUUAUGUGGUCAAUAUUCCGUUGCUUUGGUAGCACUGAAUCCAAGUUGCGACAAGUUGUGUUGCUAAGGUAACCGAAAGUAAAUAAACAAGGCUAGAGUGAGAAGUACGGAAGGUGUGAAGAGAAGGAGUGUUGACAACGCGGAAUCUAAAACUAAUAACUUGUUAUGUUCAGCGAACAUUCUUCGGAAUCUGUAGGUUUCUCGUCUGCUUGGAAAUCAGAAAGAGCUGUCUGUGAUGGAGAGACCCAAACAAAUGAUUGUCAGAGUGUUGACAAAGAGGCCCAAGCGGUGACUUCGAGACAUGCGGAGAUUCAGACAGAGGAGAAAGAGCAGACUUCCUGUGCUCCUCAAGUGGACUAUUCUAGACUUGCUUCAUUUUUAAACAGGGUUUGCCCUGCAGUUGUAACAGAACUCGAAAAGAAUAACAGAAGCCGUGCAUUUGAUGAUUUACGCUAUGCAAACAAUUAUGAAGAUGACAUAACUCAAGCACAAAAGUUGUACACUCUACAGCCAUCCAGUGCAGCAUGUGAUGUAGAGGUAAAAGUCACAGGAGUGUCAUGGAACUGCAAUGGCAGUAUCUUAGCUGUGGCAUCCAGUGCUGUGAAGCAUGAGGCAUGGUGUGACCACAGGGGAUCAGUCUCCCUGUACAGUGUCAGUAGAAAGAAUUUCGACCCUACAGCUGCUCCACAGAAAACAUUGGAAACAACUUCUUGCACAACGGCCCUCGCAUAUCAUCCAUAUGUGCCAUCUGUACUAGCUGCUGGAACAUUCAGUGGUCAUGUUAUUGUAUGGAAGGAAGGUGGUGAAAUUGAGAUGAGCUCAUGUUUACAUAAGGAUAUGGUCAGUCAAGUGCUAUGGCUUUCAGAGCAUAUGAAGUCUCAGCCAUUACUCAUAUCAUCAGGCAGAGAUGGUCGCCUACUAUCUUGGCAUGUCUCUACCACUGGAAGUAACUUACAGCUGGCUGUUGGGUUUAUGAUUACAAUGGAUCAUGGAAUUCAACGAGUUCAUUCACCUCUAGGAUCACAUGGUGUAGGCAAGGAGUUGGGCAUCAUGUGCUUCAGCUUCUUUAAGCAGGAUUCGUCGUCAUUUGUGGUUGGAGUGGAGGGGGGAGGAGUUCUUCGCUGUUCCACGCUUACUUCAAAACCCUCAACAGUAUCUGAUCCUGAUAUUCCACUGACAGAUCCAGUACUUAGUUCAUUUCAGCAUCACAUUGGUGCUGUAACAUGUGUUAUGUGUUCACCUCAUGAUCGUGAUCUGUUUGUAUCAUGUGGGACUGAUGAAAUGCUCCACAUUUACAGCUAUUUGCAGAAUGCUCCAAUGCAGUGUGUACAUACUAGAGGCAUUGGAGUGUCGUUGACUUGGUGGCCUACUGAAGACAAUUUGAUUGCAGUUUGGGGAACCUCACUUGAAAUCAUCAACGUGCUCAACUGCGAUAAAAUAGCUGCUCCAAAGCUAAAUGGGUUGUAUCCCAUCUCUUGUGUCAGCUCUCAUCCCCAAAGUACUUACAUGGUUGCCAUUGGAAAUGUUAGAGGAUCCGCAACAGUAUGGAGAGUUCCUUUGAAAAUGGAACUUGGGAAUCAGUAGAGGAACGAGAAAUGGGAAAUCUAAUUUAAUAUUAUAAGAACAGUGUAUUUUAAAUAAACAGUAUUAUUUGCUGAAUAUUA